CGGAGCGCGAGGGGCCGUUGCUGGGCACCUCCUCCCAGUCCCCGCACCGCCUCCAGCCCGAAUGACAGCGCUUCCCCCGGCUCCGGCUGGGGCUCGGGAGCGGUAGUGCCGCGCGAACAAUCCCGGGCAGGGACUGACUCGCUGCUGGUGACAUCACUCCCAAAGAUACUCCCCCCUUCUGCCUUCACAAGGCAUCUGUCCGUUUGUCCAUUUCCGUCUGCUGCUGGAGAGAGCUUAUCGCCGGCCGGGAGCAGAGUCGGGCACCAAGGAGAGACAGGACCUGGAGGACGAAGGAGAGCAAAGGCAACAAGGGAAGGAGGACCCUGGCAGGCGACAGAAUGAAAUUCAGUCCAGCGCACUACUUGCUGCCUCUCCUGCCUGCGCUGGUCCUCAGCACCAGACAGGACUAUGAAGAGCUACAAAAGCAACUGAAAGAAGUCUUUAAGGAGCGAAGCACCAUCCUGCGUCAGCUGACAAAGACAUCGAGAGAACUUGAUGGCAUUAAAGUCAACCUUCAGUCUUUGAAAAAUGAAGAGAAAUCUGCCAAAACUGAUGUUCAGAAGCUUCUGGAAAUAGGUCAGAAACAAAGAGAACAAAUGAAGUCUCUCCAGGAGGCCCUGCAAAAUCAACUGAAAGAGACAUCUGAGAAGGCGGAGAAACAACAGGCCACUAUUAAUUUUUUAAAGACUGAAGUGGAAAGAAAGAGCAAAAUGAUCCGAGAUCUUCAGAAUGAGGUGACAGGUGCCAUACAGGACAAGUGCAUGAUACACUUUCUGUUCCUGAUGUUUGCUUUUCUUAAGAAUAAAAGCUUGAAAAACAAACUCUUGUCAGGAAACAAGUUGUGUGGCAUCCAUGCAGAAGAGUCCAAAAAAAUCCAAGCCCAGCUGAAGGAGCUCCGUUAUGGGAAGAAGGAUUUAUUGUUUAAGGCCCAACAGCUUACUGAUUUGGAACAAAAAUUAGCUGUGGCAAGAAACACACUGGAGAAAGCAGCUCUUGACCGGGAGUCACAGCUGAAAGCAAUGAAACAGACGGUACAACUCUGCCUGUCAACAGUUUUCCGUGAUCAGUCACCACCUUUGAGUCUCAUCAGGUCAAAUCCAGCUCAGAUGUCAACUCCACCCAGUACAAUUGAUACCAAGAUGGUGGAUGCAAGGACAAAAAGCAAGCCUGAACAAAGCUCUCCCAGAAGCAACGAGAACACUCAAGUUGUUACAACAAAGAAAGAAAAUCUGAAUGUCCCUGAGUGUAAUCCUGAAAACCUUUUACAGGAGGACAAGGCAUGUUCUAUGAAGCAUAAAGAAAACCUGCCAAACAAUGGCACUGCAGAACCAGGGGCGACUCCACAGAAGUUGCAAAUGUCUCCCUGUACUAAAUGUGAGGUGGAAAAAACCCAGGAAAAAAAAUUCACCGGCUUUGAAGGAAGAGCAACGAAGGAAGAAAAAAUACUGUAGAUACCAAGAAACUGUGUUGAAACAUCUAUUUGCUAUUGUCUUCAUAACCUUUUUAAACCACAGGCUUAAAAUGGAAAUACUAAGUUUUUAAAUCAUGCAACUUUUUCACAAUUUUAUGUUCUUUAUAAAUAAUCUUUAAAUUUUCCAAAAGAUUUCAGGCCAAUUAUGACCCUCAAGCAAUAACCUAAUUAAAAUGAAUAUCCACAAUCACAAAAAGUCAUUGCCAUCGGUAAAUUUCCCAGUAUAAAUUGGUUUGUUUUCAACUUAAAUGCAAUAUAAGAUGUGGUUCUGAUGAUUGAUUUGGGUAUCUGGUACUUCCAUGAUCCAGUAUUUGAAAUCAUUUGGAAGAUAAAACAUUUUAUAUCCUCAGCAUUCUUAGAAUCCAAUUUCAAUCAUAUCAUAAAGAAUUCGGUCCACACUGGCUGAUCGGAGUCACAUUGUUCAAGGCUGGAAUCUGCCAACCUGAAUAUAAUUUUUGAGAGUGUCCGUUGCUGUUCUCACUAUGUUGAACCAUGGCUAAACAGUAUCAAGCCAAGUCUGCAAGGGAUUUAGUCAGUCUAUGUUAUUCAUUAAUUGUGUUUGGUAUAAUAUGGACAAAAUAUCUAAAUGAAUGACUAUAUUUCUGACACAACUAAUUAUAUAUUCUAUACACACAUCCCUGUGGUCAUUUGCUGGAAUCACUCCAAGUUAGAAAUCAAGUUGUUAGAAAUGCGUGGCAUGAUUUUUGAUAUGAAAUUUGGAUAGAGGAAUGUGGAAUAGAAAGGCGGUUUCAAAAUGCAAAUUUAAAAGCAGAUAAUAUACUUUUUAAAAAUGGGGAUAUGAUCGAAAUAAAAUAGCCGUGUACAGCCAAUGAAUCCAGAUUUGUACAACUUGAAAACAAAUGUAUUAUUAAAACAAAUCAAUGGCUGUGAUAAUCUUUGAAGUUGAGGCUCUAUUUAGGAAUAUUACUGCUCAAAUAAAUUCACUCCUGAGUAAUCUGAACAGAGCUCACACGCAAGAGGAAUUGACACUUGAGUAAUUGUCUGAUAAACAGGAUGACUAUAACAUCAAACUUCCAGACUCAAAUGAAUGGAUUAAAUGAUCAAUCAUAGUUUGUCUGCACCAAAUAUAUAUAGAUCAUUUACAGAAGGCUAAUAAAACUAUAGAGUUUGCAUAAUGAAUAUGCAAAGCAGCAAGGCAGUGAAUUCUGGAAGGCUGUGUUACCAAUACUUAAUUUUAUAUAUAAAUAUAUAUUUAAAUAUAUAUUUAUAUAUAUAUUUGUGAUUAGUAGAUACAAUCAAAUUCUAGGAUGUGAUGGCAUAUUUUUUAUCACAGAGACAUAUUCAAAAAGGUGUAGUGAUUUGGAGACAUGGCAAAUGCUCAUUGACACUAAAUGGAAUAUUGUGAUAUAUUCAUGUAGUUGUACUUACAGAUUUGUUCAGUGUCAUCAGUAUUUUUUCAGAUUACAGGCUACCUAAGAAUAAAAGAGUAUUAAUUUUAUAGAUGAUCCCUAGAGUUUUCAGAUGAAGUGACCACAACAGAAAAAAAGAUCAAGGUCCAAAGUUUCUGUUGAUUCCUUGCUCUAAACAUUCAAUUCUAUCAGAAGGAAUAUGGUUAGUUUCUCAAGUCCUUUUCCUUCUAAUAUUCCGAUUGUAUCCACAAACCCUAACCAUCUCCAAAGGGUUUUGAAAGGGAAGUAGAUAAUUUUGUUUUAAUUUAAUUUUGCAUUCCUACCCUCACCCUGGGCCCCAACUUCACUCCUAGACUCUCUGGAUCUUACAGAAAGUUAAUCAUCCAUUUCACUUUAGCACAGUACCUUUACAAGGCAUUUUGGAACUAAUAAAAAGAGAAUCAGACUGAUUCUCUAAAAUUCUCUAAAAAUUUUCUAAAAUUUUGUUCAUCAUGAUGAACAAUGAGAAUUUGGCUUAACAUUAAUUUGAACAGCUUAUUUUUUUCUAUACUCUAAAUUCUUAUCCUAGUAUUGAUAAUAAAAUCAAGUUGCUUCUCUUAAUUAUUGCCAUCCUCAAGUCUACUCCAAAUGAAUACAAUGUAUAUACUUUUUCUUUAAAUACAGACAGCAUUAUGUGUCCCGUAGAAUUUACUGUGGUAUAUUCAUCUCAUUAUUGUUUCAAAACAAAAAGGAAUUUGUAGCA